AUGUGAAGCAAGUGUCAUGAAGACGCUAGCUCGCUAUGCACUUCUGUGUGCCAGUAUAUUGCUGUAUGGAUGGCUGUUCUGUAUAGACUUCUCUAGUGAUAGUCCGGACGUUGAAGAAGCCCCAUCAUCACUUUGGGAUGGUUCGAAGUACGAAACAGCGCCGUAUCUCGAGGAAGGACCAAAGGAAUGUGCUAUGCAUUCAUGCUUCGAUUUUACCAAAUGCACGUCGAAACUGAAAGUUUUUGUUUAUCCUGAUGUCGAAGAAAUACCUCCGUCAGAAGUUUAUCGGAAAAUCCUCACUGCAUUCCGAGAAAGUCAGUACGCCGUUUCCGAUCCUGCGGAUGCAUGCCUAUUUGUCGUCAGUGUGGAUACGAUUGAUAGGGAUAAGAUCAGGUGA